UAUUCGGCUAGAGAUUAUAGGAACAAAAAGACCCAUUAGAGUUUGAUCCCCAUUACACAUAUAUCUUUUAUUGCUUUUUAUAAAAAAGAUCGGCUAAAUAUAUAAUUGUCAAUAUACAUCUUUUACAGAAUUAACACAAUAGUCCUAAUAUCAUUCCUUAGGCUAAGUUUGUUAACAAAUUAUAGUUAUGAUAUCUCCAUCUUAGUUCGGCAGUCAGGAUAGGAAAAUAUACUUUCUUAAAUAACUCCAAUGAAAAUCUAUUAUGUAUUAAGCACUCAGUGAUCAUAAUUAAAUGUUAAUGAUCAGUUGUUUACAAACAAAUCUAUUAGUUAACCAAAAUCUGAUCAACCGCUUUGACAAAUGUUUGAUUUAACUUUUAAGAAAACCUCUGUGGCAGUCAACCGUACCGUCCCAAAACACAGAUGUGCUGCCAGUGGUCUGUGGCCCCUAGAAUUGCUGGGUCUCGCACUAGAUGUUGUGGAACCAUGUCCUAUGAUCCUGAAAAAGAGAUAUGUUGUGCCAAUGACCACACAUCCCCACUGGUAGGUGGUGACAACACUCAAUGCUGUGGACUUGAGGCCUACGAUCCGAGGAAAUCAAUUUGUUGCGGUCAUGAUAUUCAGCCUCUUGUUGCGGGAAAAGAUACCCAUUGUUGUGCACACGAGAGCUAUGAUCCUAUGGAAAGAUUGUGCUGCCAAGGGAUGUUGUUCCCCCCACACAUCCAUCCGGAUUGUUACCAUUGUGACGACAAUGGUCAUGAAGUUGCAACUUUUGAUACCAACAAAAACGCAUGUUGCAAUGGAAAACUGGUACCAGCCGUUGCGGGAAAUCUCACGUGUUGCUGCAAAGGCAAAGCGUUUGAUCCAAGAGAUAAAAUCUGCUGCGACAAUGUCCUUCAAGAGAGAAAUGGUGGGGCUGUGUCAUUCUGUUGUGGGAAAGACAAUUUAGAUCCAGUGACUCAAAUAUGUUGCAAUGGGGAAGUACAGCCGUUGCUAAAUGAGAAAAUUACAAGAUGUUGUAACAAGAGGAGUUUUGAUCCGGAUUUCCAAGUCUGUUGCGAUAGUAAUUUGCUCUUGACAAAACUGAAAAAAGACGACACUUGUUGUUGUGGAAACAGUACAUACAAUACAAAUAAAGCUGUGUGCUGCGACGGAAACGUACAGCUAAGAUACAAAAAAGGAACACAAUGUUGUGGGACAACAAGUUUUGAUGCUACGAAGAUGUUGUGCUGUGAUGGUGUUGUACAACCGUUAGGUAAGAAAAAAGCCGUGACAAGAUGUUGUGGUAAGAAAAGCUAUGAUGCUGAGCAGAAGUUGUGUUGCAACGGAAAUCCUGUGAAGAAAACGAAAAAGAAAGAUCUCGGCUGUUGUGGAAGUGGAACUUAUGACCCAAGAAGCCAAAUAUGUUGCAAUGGUAAACAAGGCAAAUUCUUUAAAGGCGGAACAAGAUGCUGUGACACAGAGAGUUAUGAUGCAAGAAAAUCUAUAUGCUGUAAUGGUAAAGUUUUCUCAAGUAAAAUGCGGUGUUGUAAUGGGGUAGCAUAUGAUCCUAAUCUACACGUUUGUUGUGACGGAAUGGUAUUACGAGAGAAAAAUAAUGUAAAUGAUAACGUUUGUUGUGGAACGUCUACAAUGAACUAUGACACGCAUAUUUGUUGUGAAGGUAAAUCAACAGAGCGGCCUAAUGAUCGCGAAUUUAGAUGUUGUGGUAGCCAAGGCUUUGACCCAGAGACCCAUAUAUGCUGUAAUAAUGUCAUUGUUAAAAGGGAGAAAAUGGGAGAUAACUGGUGUUGUGGAGAAACGAGUAUCAAUACAAAUAAUCAGAUUUGUUGUCGUGGUAACCCUCAAUCUAUAUAUGAGACAGUUGACAACACAUUUUGUUGUAAGCAAAAAAGUUUCAACUAUAGGACACAAAUGUGCUGUUUCGGGAAAGUUGUUGAUAAAAGAACGCCGAAAGAUGAUUACUGUUGCGGAAACACCACAGUCGACGCUAAAGAUGAAAUAUGUUGCCAGGGUGUCCCAAGACGGGUUCCAGAUAUUAGCACAGCAUUCUGCUGUAUGGAUAAAGCUGCAGAUAUGAGCGAAUACCUCUGUUGCGAUGGCAAAAUGGUAGCUAAAAACGGUGCAGACGACCAAAUUUGUUGCGGCGAAGUUACAAUAAAUGUAAAUAAAGAAAUAUGCUGUGAAGGUAAUCCACAGAUGCUUGUAGGAGAUGAAUACACAAAAUGUUGCGGAAGUAAGAGUUAUGAUUCACGUAAAGAAAUAUGCUGCGAAGGACGGAGGAUGACAAAAAGGAAUCCAGAUGAUACAUGUUGCUGUGGUAACUUAUCAAUGAAUGCAAGGACAGAAAUUUGUUGUAUGGACACCAUUGGUGACGCAGGCAUGCUUUGUUGUAUGGAGAAAAGUUAUGAUCCAGAAAAGUAUAUGUGCUGUGAUGGUAGAAAUAUCGUACGAAAACGAAGUCCUUCAGACAAUUGUUGCUGUGGCGAUGAAACUAUGGAUUCAAGCAAAGAGAUAUGUUGCGAUGAGAAGCCGCAACCAAAAGAGAAUGACGACUACAUUCUGUUGUAA